AUGUGUACUUGGUCUCAUGUACAUCAACGUAUUAAAGAGCAUGAACAGAGUCUUGUUCAUAAUCAUUCUACUGAAGCUUAUUUCAUGGAUUAUAAAGAAUGCAGUAUUGAUCAUCUUUUGUUUAGAGACCAAAAAAAAUCAAGAAAUGAAAUGGUAAAAAAGAAACGUCAAGUGCUUGAACGUGUCAUUGAUAUUGUGAAACUUAUUGGGAAAAGGGGGCUAAGCUAUAGAGGAAGCAUACACGAAGCUGCAUAUACCUUAGAUGACCCAUCAUUAGACCAUGGAAAUUUUUUAGAAAUACUUUUAUUACUUAAAAAAUUUGAUAUUGUGUUGAGUGAUCAUUUAGACUAUGUUAUAAAAAAAGUAAAAUGUCUCAUCAGUCUGUCUAUAAGUGAAGAAGUUAUAGAAGCACAAAUGUUUGCUAUUGAACUUGAUACUACACAAGACAUAUCUGUAAAAGAUCAGUGUGCAAUUGUUGUACGCUACGUUAAUUCAGAUGGAAUACAUGAGAAACUGUUAGCUAUGGUUAACUGUACAGAUAGCUCUGGAUUAGGUAUGUUUGAACUUUUAAAAAAAGUUUUGUUAGAAAAUGGUCUGAAAGUAGAAAAUUGUAUUGCCAAUGCUACUGAUGGAGCUGCAUCAAUGCAAGGACAGUAUAAUGGAUUUUCUGCGUGGCUAUCUAGUGUAUCGCCAGGACAAAUUCAUGUGUGGUGUUAUAGUCACAUACUAAAUUUAGUCCUUUCUGAUGUGACAAAGUCACCACUUUCUGCUGCAUCAUUAUUUUGCCUAUUAAACAGAUUAGCAGUCUUUUUUAGGGAUUCUUAUCAGCGUAUGGCAGUUUGGGACAAGAAUUUGAGCUCUAACAUAAGGCAUAAAAGGCUUAAAAUGAUCGGUGAAACAAGAUGGUGGGCAAAAGAGGAAGCACUUAGAAAAGUAUUUGGUUCUUCGGAUAGUGAUCAAAAUGCUUUUUAUGUUGAGGUUUUAGUAUCUUUGUGUGAUAUUGAAGAUACAACUAAAUAUUCACCAGACAUAAGAUCUAAAGCCAAGGGAUUAAAAGAAUCACUUCUACAGUAUUCUACUUUACUAACUGCAUUUUUAUACCUAAGAAUUUUCAAAAUUACAACUCCUUUGUCCAAAUAUUUUCAAACUAGUGGCAUGGAUAUACAUAAAUCCCAGCAAAUGGUGAAUGGAGCUUUAGAACAGUUAAAAUUGAAAAAAAAAAAACAUUUUGAAUCAGUUGAAGAUGACCCUAUUAGCGAUCCAUAUUUAAAAUUCAAAGUAGAAGUGUACAAUGUUGUAAUGGAUGGGGUAGUUAGUAGUAUGGAAGUAGUAUGUGUUUGGGGAGUUUGGCUCCAUUUUUACAGGGAGAUGAAAAAAAAUCAAGGGAACAAAUUCCCCUUACAGUGCAUCCAAUCUCCCU